CACAGUGUCCUCUGUGACACGAAGCAUGCGGUUGAGCGAUCUAGCUUCCAGUUCGGUCACAGACUUCCCCUCCACUUUUUUUUUUGCUUUCGCUCCCGAGCCGCGUAAAAUAUCAGCAUCCCCGAAGAACCGGAUAUGAACGACAUAGGGUAUGCGACAUGCAUCAGCAUAGGAACAGACGAAUCACAUCUCUCUCUCUCUACUUCAGUCACUUGCCGUCGCUCGCUUGACCCGCCACCUGCCUCACUAUGAAAGUUUUUGUCACCGGAGCCACUGGCCGUCUCGGCGCCUUGGUCACUCAACACCUCGUCGAACGCGGACACACUGUCGGUGGUUUGGUUCGGUCAGAGGCUUCUGCAGCAAAGAUCAAGGGGCCGUCCGUUGAACCCAUCAUUGGCUCUCUCCAAGACCUCGAGCUCUUGACCCGCAUGGCUCAAUCUCACGACGCAGUGAUCAAUUGUGCCUUUGACCACUCGGGAGAUUUCGACAAGGCGUCAAAAGAGGAAGCCGCCUCAGCCCAGGCGAUCAUCAAAGGUCUUGAAGGGAGCGGAAAGAAAUUCAUCUUCACCUCUGGAUUCAUGAUUGGCCAAGAUUGGAGCUCAGCCGAACGAGACGAGACAUUUAUGUCAAAUCCCUCGGGACUCGCACGAACAGAUACAGAGCGUAUGGUUCUCGAUUCGCAAAAAGCUGGUGUCACGCCCAUCAUUAUGCGACUCUCAGCGGUGACUCACACCGCUAAACCUCCCCAUUGGUUCCUCUACGCCAUUCAUGGCAUCUCCCAAAGCUUCGGAUUCCUCCCUUACAUCGGUGACGGGUCGCAACGGUGGACGACUUGCAAUGCCGAAGACGCGUCCUUACUCUACGCGCUUGCUCUAGAGACGGCCGAAGCCGGGACUCACGUACAUGCGGUCCAAGAAACCAUCACCGUCAAAGAUCUGGUCGAAGCUGUAGGCAGGAAGACUGGUCAAAAGACCGGUUCGAUUACCGCUGAGCAAGCUGGCCCCAUGGGACUGGUCGGAAUGCUCAUGUCGGUGGAUCAGAAUAUCUCCAGCAAGUGGACAAGGGAGCACUUCGGAUGGACACCAAAAGGUCAGACCUUGCUCGAGGAAAUAGCCAAUGCUCAAGAAGGAUUUCUCUCAAACGGCGGGCACUAGAUCUCCGUAUUCCUGUUCGAAUCAAGAUUGUGCAUGCAAAUUUACAGAUUGUGUGGUGGAUGCAACGGUUCAGCUUGUUCAGAAUACCUUCUUCAGCUGCUCAAAGAAAGUGAAUGUCAACAUGGUAGUCGGGCUCAUCCGCAACCAUGCCGGCAGCCAGCCUCUGAAAAGGACUCUGAGUCCCUCGCGGCGUAACGACUUGGUAAUGAUGCUCAUGGCCGUCUGUGACACAUCAGCGAUGCUUUGAUCGAGCGAACUU